UGCGCAUGUGCAACGUCCUGUCCCGAAGAAAGCUCUCAAUUAAAUCGCCAAACAGCCAUGGGUUUGCAGCACCCAAACGCAAAGGUAUAUAAUUCGCAUCAGCGAAAUUUGAGCUGGGAACGCGGACCUGGAAACUUUUUCCCGUUAAAUGGGUGGAAUACCGCUGCCCAUUACAUGCCCACGUCGAAUGGGGCCCCGUACUCCCCACCAAAUUCAUCGGGGUACUUUCCGCCGUACAAUCGUACUCAUAUUCCGCCGCACUAUCCGCCGUGCCAUCCGGCCAUCUGUCCAACAUGCGGCACAGCCGCAGCUUAUACCCCGGCUCCGAGCCGCUCUGAACCGUUGCGUGGAGACCCCGUAUAUUUUGGGACCACUCCGGGUUACAUUUACAACGGCUGUUGGUACAAUUCCGGACUAUCUCGUGCCGAUCAAACGCAGAUGCCUCAGCAACCACCGCAAUCCGUGGCCAGAGAUCCUCCCCAGCAACAGGCGAUAUAUAUGAUGACCAAUCCACUGCAGAUGCCACAGCAAAACCCUCCAUCUCUGCCGAUUCGAGUGGCCUAUUCCGAGAUGCCUGCACCGCCUGCACCGCCUGCAUCGCCUGCACCGCCUGCUGCAACACAGAACAAUUCUGUGGUCGCUCAACCACUGGUAGUGGGUAUCAUGUUGCCGGCCUUAAUUCCGGUCACUAGGAUCGGGAACCAGGUCGUCAUUGACCUCAGACAACCGCAGGUUUCUGGUCCAGUGCCUGUGCCUGUGAAGCGUAAUCCUGUUGACGAAUCAAUGGCAAAGCUAUUCAAAAUCAUUCAAGGACGUGUACGCCGGAAUCAAUUCCCGCGUCACCAUCAACGUCUUAGGCAUCGUUUGGGCCAUCGAAUCAUUCCUAAAAACAGAACUGCAAAAGUUGCUGGGAAGAAACUGCCGCCUGAACAGGUGCAGCAACCUGUCAAUAUGAUAUUGGUUCCCAAUUCGACCCCAAAUCCGGAGAACCCAUCUGCAACCGAAGCUCCUGAAUUGAUUCAAAUUCAGAAACAUCAGUCUUCUGCUCAGUCUGGCAACGUGGCUGAUAACCAGGCGGUAAAUGAUUCCAUCAAUGCUCCGGAUCAAAAGGAGGUCGUUCAAAUGACAAAUAUGCAAGAGGAACAAUCUUCGAAUUUCAACUUUAUGCAGCAAGAAUGUCCGGAAUUUGUGGACACAGCCAUCAAUCAGAAUGAGACUUCCGAAGUGAAGCAUCAACUCGAUCUUGAACAGGUGGCCACUCCGCUGAUGAAUCAGAAUUCAGAAAUGAAAUCUGAUCAGCCAUCUAUAAGUGCUGUUUUGCCAAACUCAAUUGAACAGCCACAAACAGAGCAAAUGCAUCAUAUUGAACCACUGCCAUUAGAGGUUACUACUGCUGAUCCGACUAUUCUGGCUGAAAUCACCACAACUAUUGGAGAACCCAUCGAUAAGUUGGAAAUUCCUGAUUCCCACGCUGAGCACAUUCCAGACUCACACAUCACUCAAAUAUCUGAGUCGAUUGUUAUAGUGCCUGUGGUGGAAAAGUCUAUAAAUAUCACUACUGCAGCUAUUCUAGAUCCGAAUAAUCAGCCUCAAAUCACUAAACCCAUUCCGGAACCCAUUCCGAAACCCAUUCCGAAACCCAUUCCGAAAACCAUUCCGAAACCCAUUCCCAUCAAGAAACUAAAUACUUCUGCUUCCAAGUCAACGAAGGUCUUAAAAGCACAGCCUCAGUCAAAAAUUACUGAGAAACCAUCUGUCCCAAUACACCCUUUGGAACCGAAAAUGAAAGAAAAUAUCACCACAGACGUGUCCAAAAGCAUCGUUAAGUUGGAGCAGAAGUCGCCAGAGAAACACGUGAGCUGCAGCAAUCUUUUUGAGUCACCAUCGGACAACGUGAAUCACUGGCCACCUUUGGGCAGCCGCUCGAAUACGAAAAAUUCCCCAAAACAGGCAUCUUUGCCAGCAGGACCAUCGCUUGAGAACCGAAUGCGCCAUGUGCAAUGUGUGCCACCAAAAAUACCCGAGAAGGGCAGUGUUCUUCAAGAAAAAAACGAUUUCAAUUCAAAACAAAAUGCUUUCAAAAAGCCAAACUCACCAAAGUCCAAUGUGGCUAAACCUGAGCUACAGAUAUUAAAAGCCGGCCAAACGAUUCCAGAAGCGGAAGAAGUAUGGCACUCGAAACCAUACAACAAGCCUUUGAUUGUUCCAAAAAAUAAUGCUUUUGGCAAUCCGCAGGAAAGAAAGCCUUUGAUCAGUAUAGGAAAUACUUAUUUGAAAACAUCCGCCCCACUGAACAAAAAACCUAAUCGUGUUCAACAUAAACACCAGCAGCCAACGCUUCAAGUGUCGAACAUGUUUGAACUUCUGGAUGACUUGGAGGUCGAUGACAUAAGUUCAGAGAUACAAGAUGAGAAAGAGAACCGGGAUCCACAGAGUGGCAGCCAUCCGUCAAAGAAGACAAAGAAAAGGCGUCCCAAAAAGAAGAACAAUGCUCGAAAGUCCUUACCAAUAGCCAAUGUUCAGCCAAAACAAAGUCCAGCCAAGGAAGCGACAAGCGCUGGGAAAUCAAAAGAUAACAAUGUAUCUGCAUCAAUGGCAAAUGAACAAAAGCCCAAAGACCAAAUAAAGCCACAGCUUGAUGAUAAGCCGAAGUCAGGAAAUCCAAAGGCUGCAGACCAAAAACUAGGAGAAUCGAAAUCGAAGUCGGUUAAACAAAAGCCCAAAAACCAAAAAAAGCUGGAAGAUAUAAAGCCUAAAAACCCACAGCUUGAUGAUAAUCCAAAGUCUGAAAAUCCAAAGGCUGUAGACCAAAAACUAGCUGAAUCAAAGCUGAAAUACCUUAGGCUGCCAAAAAAAACCCCCAAGGAACCUUCGAAGCUUAAAGACAUUGUUAAGGGAGCCCAGCCAGAUGAAAUGGGUGCAGAUUCGGUACCUGUUCCUGCUCCACGGCCGCCUUCUCCUGCCCACCCGGCACCGGCUGCCCCACAACCGAACCCACAACCAAACCCACAACCGAACCCACAACCAAACCCACAACCGAACCCACAACCAAACCCACAACCUUCACCCGCUCCGGCUGCUUCUGUUCCGGUUGCUCCCGCUCCCGCUCCGGCUACGUCUGCUGCUGCUGCAAGUCCAGAGCUGAUGAAUCUCCCCAGAAAGGACACCCAAUGUCGAGGAAGGAAGAGAAAAAUGAGCAGCUUAGCGACACUGGUUACCGUAGUCUCUUGCGGAGCCGGGCGAAAGACGAAAACUUCCUAUGCGGGCAGGGAACCAUUUGAGAAGCGGAGACGAACCACAAAGAGGACUAGUCCCGAUAAACGUCCACGGCCCUAUACUAUUCCAGCUGCUCCGAAGGAUAAAAAUCAGUGUGAAGGCGCCCUGGCGUAUGUCUUCUCCCAGGCAUACUUGAAGAGGUUGGAGGCCAACUCCCUCCCAAGGCGGACGGGGGGCCCAAGUCGUCGACUUCGAAGUGCAGAUGGGACAGCAGGACGGCGGUUCAGAGCCCAAGUUCGUCGGGCAUUCGCGGUCGGGAUAAAACCCACGGCAUACAAAUUCGACCCCAACGCAACCUUUUCCCUGGGAAACUGCUCUCUGGCUCAACUGCCGGAUUCUCCGCUUCCAGAAAUAUUCGAAAUUGCACCAGCUGGAGACCCAAUAACAUACCAACAAGUAUUAGAUCGCACGUAUUGCAAAAUAAGAGUCCCGCCACGCAACAGACUUAACCCAUUCCUUCCCUUUAAGCCCAAUUUUGCGACUGCAAGCCCAGGGAAACGAUUUAAACUUCAAUAAUCGCGGAUUUCAAGUAAACGGACGAACUCCUAAGUGCAUCAGAAUACGUACUUCUAAUAACAUCGAGUGCCUAAAGAUGAUAUCCUCGUAGUUAUAUCAAAUAUUAUCUUUAAUACUUGUGAUAUUGUUGCACCUAGUCAGUCUGGUUUGGUCUUUAAGAAUGUAUUCUUUUAUUUAUUGUAACCCGAUUUUCUUUGGAAAAGGCAUCGCCAAAUUUCAUUUUAUAAA